CUCUGGAUGGAAAUAUAUAUUUCCUUUCGACAAAUAUUUUGAAUACUUUGUGGCGAAGUUUUGCUAGUGGAAAUAUACAAGAUACGCAGCUUCGGACGGUAAGCCUCGACGGACACAUGGGUGGGACGAAGUUUGAGAUGCGGCAGUGCCGCUUCGUCUUCUGUGGCGCUGAAGAAGAUGAGCCCUUUAGUGUCCUGCUCCCGGUGGAGCCGUCUCCUACACUGAAGGUUGUGCGCAGCCACUUUCCCUUUGAAGGCCGUUUCCACUUCCGCGUCCAGGAGGUGACGUCUGGAGGAAACUACGUCUGGCGCGACCUCGUCGAUGAGUCGGCAGUCGUACCUGACGACGCGCUUUUGAAAGUCUUGCAGGUGUCGUCGAUGCCGGAACAGUACCCGGUGUAUAGCUCGCAGGUGGACAACGCGAACGAACUCGAGGCGUAUCAGGCAAGUUUCCGCGAGUCCAGUGGCGAGGACGCAUCGGGAGACUAUGAACGGUCGUCCAGAUCCAAGCAAUCUUCGAUCUCGACAACACCGCAACUGAAUGCUUUGUGGAAGAAUACUAAGCACCACCUGAACAAGACGACGGCCAAGGUUUGGGAGACUGUCGAAUUCACGGCUGGCCGGUACUUUGGCUCACAGUCGGGUGCCGAGAAGCCAUCAGCAGCGGCACUGCAGCAGUUGGCCGCGGGGUCGUCGCUCUCCCGCAUAUAUUUCUCCGACUCAAAUCGCGAACACAUGGAUCAGUUGCGGCGGCUGUGGGGAGCGCUUGCAGGUGAUGCUCCAUUUGCAAGGACAUCGCCGACUUGGAUCAAAGAAGGCGGGUUUCCGUCAGAAGAUCCCGGGGCAACGCUUAAAUCUUGCGGAGUUCUAGGCCUUUAUGCCCUCGCCUUCUUCACGGACGUCCAUCGCAGUGCCUCGGAAGACAUGCGCCACGGAGGGUACCCAUACGCUAUGGUUGGGCUGAAUGUGGCGUCUAUUCUGGUGGAAGUGCUGGAUCUCGACUCGGGGCGCUUUCUCGAGCGCGACGAAGUGUACUGGAAAGUGUUUGAGGACCCCAUCGGGCUCUACGAACUCUUCUCUGUCUCAUUCCACGCGUACGACACGUUUUGGAAGCAGUCGAGGGGCGGCAGCACCGCUGCGCGCGACCGGACGUUCCAGCCAACACCCAUCGACUUGACCAAGCAAUUUGUAUGCCGCCUGCUCAUGCAAAGCCCCAAGACCGUCGAGGACGUUGUAACCCUGGCCAAUAUGAUUUACUAGCUGCUCAACUGACCGCGAUGGAUCAUUCGUUAUGCAUCGCUCUUUUUUUGACGGCUCGGCCCUUUCCCGCGCCCUCGGCGCCGCUGGUUUGUCGGUGUCGCGGGGGAUUGUGUUGCUUGCGGAUGGGCAGAAGAUUCGUCACCUCUGCUGAACGGUAAUGGUGAAGCCGCCGCCAGAGGCGAGGACGGGUGGUCGUGAACGAUGCCGUUCACGGACUUGCCAUAGGAGAAAGGGGUGUUGUCUGCCGCGGUAGGUAUUGUCGCUGCUUCAAUGGAUUGUUCGAGCGCUGGAUCGUGUGUGCCGUCAUCGACUUCUGCAGCAUAGUCUUUCUGUGGACUUUGCGGCGCGGAUAUGAGUGGUCUUUCUCCAGCUAUUUCUUGCGAUGGCACCAGGUCCUCACAGGCAGUGGCCGUGGUAGGUUGAAUGGAUGUGCUUGGUGCUUGUACGGAGUUAUCGUCCUGGACAAUGUCCCUUUCGUCGCCUCGUGUGAGU